AAGUGCCCGGAAGUCCCAAAAGUCAUGAGCUACACGGAAAUAAGUUUUAUUUAGGUAGUUGUGAGUGCCAAGUGCUCCUUCCAACACAUCUAUUUUCUACGCUACCUGGAACCAAAAGUAUUUUGUACUUUCCUAAGUUUUAACUGUGCAAACUUCGUGGUUCCAACUUCAAUUCAUCAUGAUAAGACUGCAGAACGUUUGUCAGUGGGGAAAGGGGAAAAACUCGUGCACUUCGUCGCGUCGCAAGAUCCUCGCUUGGGUAAACGAUAAUCUCAACACAAGUUUCAUGCGAUUGGAGGACCUCUGCUCCGGGGUGCAAUACUGCCAGAUGCUUCACAAGCUCCGACCAUCCGCCAUCAACUUGAAGAAGGUCAGAGUAAACACGAGGGCCCAACAUGAAUAUGUUCGCAAUAUGAAACUGCUGCAGAGGAGUCUUUUGAAACAAGGCAUUGAGAAGCAAAUCCCCAUUCUUCGACUGGUUGCUCGGGGUUAUCGCGAGACCCUGGAGUUUUCUCGGUGGUUCAAGGCCUUCUACGAUCGCAACUAUAUCCUUCUUCAAGAUGAAAUUGCCCAGGACAAAAAGAAUAGAGUACUAGUACUGAAGGAUACCUCAAUGGCAAAAAGGUCUGCAAAAAGAGUUAACAGUAAAUUCGCCUUGUUACCAUCUCAAGACGCCAGCUCUCAAUAUAUUUCUCAAAUUUCGUUUGGUACAAAGUACUCUAGAGAAUAUUCAAAGGAUUUCAGGUCGCAUGGGAAGUCAUGGAUGUGUUCAAAACGCAGAUCACACUCAAACCAUUCAAAUUGGAUGGAGAAAAAUUCUUAUGAUCGUUAUAAGUAUUCAAGAGAAGGAACAUAUGUAAGCCCUUUAAAUGCGAAGUGCACAAUAUGCGAGAAAGGACGAAGAACGGUAAAACAUAUUUGGAACCGUCGAAAAGAAUCGGCUUUCUCACGUUUCCGUCAAAAAGAAUUGUUCGGCUCGAGAAGGUCCACCCCAAACGUGAAUUACUCACACCUGAGAAACCUUAACUCUUUUGGAAUAGCACCCUGGGCCUAUACCCUAAUAGAUCAGGCCGACAGGAACAAAAAGGGAACCAGGCUUAUCCAUUCGAAAGUAGGUAAUGUUAUGAUUAAGUUAACGCCGGGAAAGUAUCCAGUUUUCAACAAAAUCUUUGACAAGAAAUAUAGAAUUUUGAAGUCGGCCUUUGUCUGUGGUUGUUUUAUCAAAAGAAGGUCUUAUGCGAGAGCCAAACCACGAACAAGUAUAGAAGAAUUACAUCCGAUCGAUUUACCAGAUCAGCAAGAAAAUCCUCAACCAGAUCAACUUCGAAAUUCAGAAACAAUUUCCUCUCCGAUGAUCAAGGAUUCCGCUACAGACCUUUUUACACAAAUGUUGCUUUCGGAUGGAAGUGUAGUUGAUAAUUUAAAUGUAGAUAAGGAAGACCUGCGAAAAGAAAUCCAACUGACAGCCCUUUUAGAAAUAUCACCAAAUCAAGAAGAUAAAUCCUGUCUAAGGAAGGACUCGCAUGGAGCCCCUGAUAAAGAGGAAAUCGACUUGUGUUUGGAAAUAUUGGAUAAUCCAUCUUCAAUCGAGGCAUAUCCGUCGGACUUGGUUAUUGGUUGCUCUUCUUAUCCACCAUUGAUGUCUGAUGUCAUCAAUUCCAAAGAAAAUGUUAGAAUUUUCAACCUUCAAAAUGAUCAGUCAGUAGUCCAUUCACCAGUGCAAUCCAAAUGGGAAUCUGCAAAUAUCACGAAAGAACGCAAACGUAAUUGCCGAAGAUACCGGAGUACAAAUAGGUUUGCUAUUCAAAAAUUGUCAAAAAAUAUUCGAAAAGUGUUACGUUCACCACUCUCCGAACGCCUUCCUACACAAUCUCAAGUUUUUGACAAACAUCUGCAACUAGAAGUCCAAAGUGACAAUCUUUCAACUAUUCAAAAAUCAGCAGUUGAAUGCGAAACUUCGCCUGGGUCUACAAAAGAGAAUUUCUCAACGUUCUUACCAAUAUGUGAUGGCAGUUCCCUCUAUGAUUCAAGUAGCUCAAAAGCAAAAGAAUACUUAUUUGAGAUGGUCGAGUUGAUCGAGAGGUUUAGAAGUCAUUUUAUUGAGUACAGUAAAAGGUUACGGAACGACAUAGAUUCUGUUAAAUUAGAGAUAAUAUUCCUUAAUGUUCAAUACCAACAAUCAAAACAGUUAUAUGACACACAUAAUUUUGGUUUUAACAAAUCAGGUUCAACAGAAGACGAACUUGAACAGACUGAAGCUGCCGUUGUGGAAUAUGUUGAACCAGAAAAGAAAUUUUCCAGUUCGAUUUGGAAUUUCCACUUCGAAAAGAGUGGACUCUUCAACGAUCUUGAUGGCAAGCCCAUACGAAAACUUUGGGGUCAAAAAUUUUGUAAUAAAAUAUUUAUAAAACACGCGUUUCGAGCGGCCUCUGGAGGCGUCCGGAAAACAAAACACAUUAUCAAUGGUAAAACUAGGAAACUGGAAUAUUGGAUCAGGCAGGGAAUAAUUGCAAUAUCGCCGAUAUCGAUGCAUGAGGACUUCAGUGCCGAUAAUAACCUUUCUACCGAGGAAGAUAUAGAUGAUGAAAUCGCUUUGAUAAUGAAAAAUGUCCGAAAUAAGCUCGAAGAAGUCCAAAGAAUCCGUAGAAUGUGGUCUUCAAAGGGAUUGGAAAACUAAGAAUUUUGAAGUUCCCAUUCACAUAAAUUAUAAUAUGUUUAAUUCCUGUUUUUAGAUAGCUUUCGGCCAUCGCGAACCCUAAAUGUGAAAUUUGCAUAAAAUCAUCUUUAGUUGUACGGAAAUAAAUUUAAAAGUCCCACCCCCAAAGAGCUGUCAUAAACUAAAAUAACAUUUGACCAACCGAAGAUUUCCCCAGUUGUUUUAGCCGCAGUUGAGUUGCGUCGAGUUCAAAUUCGCCUACACUUGUUGGUAAUUGCUGUGAAGUGAAGUGUCUGGUUUUGGUUUCGGUGCCUCCUUCUGUCACUCGUCCAUUCAGUCGGUGAGUCAGUCAGUCAGUUAGUCAUUCAGUCAGUCAAACAACCAACGCAACCGCAUUCAUUUGCCAAAUUAAUGGCAUUUCAUUUGGGGCUGCUGCCGCCUCGGCUCGAUUUCAUUCAUGCCAGGAUGUUGUCCUCAUCGUUGUCCUUUUCGUUGUUGCUGUCGUUGUCGUUGUCUGUCCUGAAUUUACGUGUCUGGUUUGGCCGCUUCUGGCGAAAAGAUACUGCUCCUAAACCAACUAUACAUACGGAGAAA